AUGCGCUACGAAGAAUGGGAUAUCCUUCUAUUCCCUCGCGAUGGCAAAGUCCCCCUGAAGGAGUUCAAGGUAGCCUGCCAUGUGGUUCAUGAUAACGAACUCUCGCAUAUUCAUGGCUCGCUGGGACUACCGACUGUCUGUUGCUUUGUUCCCAGCUUACCGCCCAGUGCCCCUUACAAGUUGUCAAUACAUUCCUGGUCAACACCACCGAUCAGUCAGUUCACUCGAUCGUGCGGCAAAUUUGUAGAUCGUGUGGUCUUUGAGGUUCGCCUCUUUGUAGAUGGAAGAUUGGUGUCGUCCUCCGUGAUGAACCGAGCAGAUCCUAAAGCACUCAUUUGGUACGCUUGGUCCGUUCCCAAUUGCUAUGAUUUGCUAACAUCGCCAGAACUAUCGGAAACCGGAGAACUUAACUCGCUCACGUUUCCCGUCUUUCAACGGGAGCUCCUCGAUCAGAGCUACUGGAGCCCUGCCGAUGAUCUCGGUCGCAUCAAGGUCGUCAUCAGCGAAAGUUAUCCUCGAGACUCCCUUACUGUUCCGUUUGAAAGAGUCAAAAACAUUGUCGCCUUUUCCUUUCAACACGCCCCUCUCGAGAUACUUGAAAGCUCUGCGAUUGCAUGGCCAAACGCGUCCAUGUUUCGGGCGAUGCCAUUUACCGCAUCAGCAUUGCUUCCCACCAAACACUCUGAUAGCAGCGGAUCUCACGCACACUCGCCUCGCCCCCGAAGCAGCAUGGUGCCUGCAAAAUCGUCAUUGACCGAAGUGGCCUCUGAUCCAGCGCUACUUCAUCCGGGAAAGUACACAGCGGAGCCCAAACCGCUUACAUUCUCGGAUUCAGACGCCCUUUCGUCGUCUAACCUGGCAGCCGCUGAUCCCUUCGUCGAAGCCAAUGCUUAUUUUGAAUGGCUAAGCGGCAUUGGUAUGGGUCUUAACAGUGAUCCUAGCUCGUCUGUGAACACCGAGGCUGCCAGUCGCGUGAACCGCAAGUCAAGCACUGAUGCAAGCAUGCCUGACUACGUUUCCUGCGUCGAAACACCUGCAGCUGCUGAGAACAGACGCGACAGCUUUGCACCCAAGAUAAACAGUGAAGGCGACAGCAGCCACAUGAAAGUUCCCACCAACACUCCCACAACCUGUGAUAUCAAUAUCACAGAAGCUGAGGGUGUGUAUUAUCAGAAGCCUUCUGAAUCUAGCUAA